AUGAGCGGGAGCAGAGCAGAAUACAUUCUGGUUGAAGAUGGAUCUUGUCAGCGAGAGGCUUGCAAAGAAAAAUAUCCACGAAAAAUCGAAAGAAAGGAAAAUAUUGCGGAUGAAAAAGUCGACGAAUCCACCCUAUUAUCUAUUGGACUAUGUUGCGUAGCUGAAAAGGAUUUCAAAUGCUACGAGUGUUCUUCAAUCACGUACAACGGUGUCAAUACAUGCGGCUCCAUUGAGAAACUUGAAGAUAUUUCUUCGUGUGAAAGCGAUAUCGGAUGCUAUACGAAAGAUUUUAUAUAUUUUUCCGAAAACUACGACGGCGGAUAUUUGGAAACUAUCACAAAAGGUUGUCUUACGAGUAAUGAUCAAACAAAAACUGGAUGCUCGUUUUAUCAGGAAGGAGACACAGUCAGAGAUGAAGAUGGUGCCCCUCAGAGAAUAGAUUUUGAUCAUGAGCUGUGCAAUUUAAAUUGUUUCAAUGACUUUUGCAACCGUAAAUCAUUUAUUGAGCCUGAUCUGCAACUAUCUCUAAAACUCUCUAAUUCCAAUAAAAUGCGAUGA